AUGGCGAUGGUAUCAGUUCAAAAUCUGAUCAAAGAAAGAAAACACCCCUUCAUUCUCGCUCUUGGGAUCCUACUCAUUUGCGCCACUAUCUUCUUCUUAUACUCAAACAACUCUCAACCUCUCACGUUCUCUCUCGGAUAUCUCCAAAACCCUAAACCUACAACCACAAAGCCCUCUCAAAACGCCACCGUUUCACUUGACACCACCCAAAAUGUCGAUGAUGCCAGUAAUACCAAGAACGAUGAUAGUAAUGAUUCCAAUUCAAAUGUUUAUGACAAUACUACCACUACCACUCCUAGAAAUAAUGAUGAUGAUAAUGAUAAUAAUUUAUUAGUUGAUGAUGUUGAUUUGAAGAUAAAAUGGAAGGCGUGUAAAGGAGCAGUGGCAGUGGAUUAUAUACCGUGUUUGGAUAAUUUCCAGGCAAUAAAAGAGCUGAAAUCAAGAAGGCAUAUGGAGCACAGAGAGAGGCAUUGUCCGCAACGAAGUCCAAGGUGUUUGGUGCCGCUUCCUAAUGGGUAUAAAGUGCCAGUUCUGUGGCCGAAAAGCAGGGACAUGAUUUGGUAUGAUAAUGUCCCACACCCUAAGCUUGUUGAGUACAAGAAGGACCAACACUGGGUGAUUAAGAAGGGGGAUUUUCUUGUUUUCCCUGGUGGGGGUACCCAAUUCAAGGAUGGAGUUACUAACUACAUCAAUUUUAUUGAAAAGACUUUGCCAAGUAUUGAGUGGGGGAGGCGCACUAGGGUAAUUUUAGAUGUUGGUUGUGGUGUUGCCAGCUUUGGCGGCUAUUUGCUGGACAAAGAUGUUAUUACCAUGUCAUUUGCCCCAAAGGAUGAACAUGAUGCUCAGAUUCAGUUUGCUCUGGAGCGAGGGAUUCCUGCUAUGCUUUCGGUCAUUGGCACACAGAAGUUGACAUUUCCUGAUAAUGCUUUUGAUCUGAUUCAUUGCGCUCGAUGCAGGGUUCAUUGGGAUGCAGAUGGAGGGAAACCACUAAUGGAACUCAGCAGAAUUCUCAGACCUGGGGGUUUCUUUGUGUGGUCUGCUACUCCCGUAUAUCGUGAUGAUGAGAGAGAUCGCAAUGUUUGGAAUUCUAUGGUAGCUUUGACAAAAUCUAUAUGCUGGAAGGUUGUUGCCAAGACUGUUGAUUCAUCAGGAAUUGGGCUUGUUAUAUAUCAGAAGCCUGUCUCAUCUUCCUGCUAUGAAAAACGCCAAAAAAAUGAUCCUCCUCUUUGUGGCCAGAAGGAUGAGCAGAAUGUUCCAUGGUAUGUACCUCUCAGUGGAUGUCUUCCUAGACUUCCAGUUGAUAGCAUGGGUAACUUGGUUGGCUGGCCAGCACAAUGGCCUGAUAGAAUUAGCAGUAAGCCCCCAAGCAUGGCAUCCCUGUCAGAUGCUGAAGAGAUGUUUAUCGAGGACACCAAACAUUGGUCAUCUCUCGUAUCUGAUGUUUAUCUGGAUGGGCCUGCUAUAAACUGGUCUAGUGUACGGAAUAUAAUGGAUAUGAAUGCUGGCUAUGGAGGAUUUGCAGCUGCACUUAUUGAUCUUCCUUACUGGGUGAUGAAUGUUAUCCCCAUUCACAUGGAAGAUACUCUGCCCGUUAUUUUUGACAGAGGAUUGAUUGGAAUCUAUCACGACUGGUGCGAGUCUUUGAAUACCUAUCCGAGAACAUAUGAUCUAUUGCAUGCCAGCUUUCUCUUCAGAAAUCUAACUCAAAGAUGUGAUAUUAUAGAUGUAGCUGUGGAGAUGGAUCGCAUCUUGCGACCUGGUGGAUAUAUUUUGAUUCAAGACACAUUGAAGACGCUUAACAAGCUAAAUCCAGUAUUGCGUUCGAUGCAGUGGUCAACAAGCCUCUAUCAAGGACAGUUUCUCGUUGGUAACAAAGGUUUUUGGCGUCCCUAA